AUGGCAGGCAGCGCGGACCUCCUCGCCGCGUCCGAGAAGCCGCUCCGGCCGCAGCUGAUCAUGACGGCGGGCGCCAAGGGCGGCGAGGCGGCGGUGGCGGCGGGGACCGGGCCGGCGGCGGGCGACGGCCACCGGCGCGGCACGGGCUUCAGCCGCUUCUCCAGGAGGGAGUGGCUCACCCUCUUCGCCCUGGGCAGCGUGCACUUCGGCAGCUCGCUGUGCAUCGCGCUGCAGGCGCCCUUCUACCCGCGCGAGGCGGAAAUGAAGGGUGCAACUGCCACGGAAUAUGGCUUGGUGUUUGGCAUCUUCGAACUAGUCUCCUUCUUCAGCAGUCCUCUCUUCGGAAAAUACAUGGAUUAUAUUGGCGCCAAGCGCCUGCUCACAGUGGGAAUAUUCGUCGCCGCCGUCUGCUCCGUCCUUUUCGGGUUACUCGAUCUCAUUGACGACCAUCUACAAUUCAUUUCGUUGAGUUUCGUCAUACGAACAAUUGAAGCGUUGGGAUCCUCAGCCGCAGUCACAGCAGCAUUCUCCAUCACCGCAACGGUGUUUGCAGACUCCGUGGCUACUACUUUUGCCACGCUGGAGGUAUUCUACGGCUUCGGCUACAUCGUGGGCCCCACGCUGGGCGGGCUGCUGUUCUCCGUGGGCGGGUACAUCGUGCCGUUCGUGGUGAUGGGCACGCUGCUGGCGCUGGACUGCGUGUUCGUGUGCACGGCGCUGCCGGCGCUGCCGGGCGCCGACCGGCCGCGCUCCAAGGGGCAGCUGCUGCGCAUGCUGCGCGUGCCCGCCGUGCUGCUCGACACGUUCGCCAUCAUGGCCACCGCCUUCGACCUGGGCCCGGUGAUGGUGGGGCUGGUGUUCGUGGUGUCGGGCGGCACGUACGCCGUGACGGCGCCCGUCGUCGGCCGCCUGUGCGACCGCUCCGUGCCCCCGCGCCGCCUCAUGCUGCUCGGCUCCACCUUCAUCAUCGCCUCCUACCUGCUCGUCGGCCCCGCGCCCUUCCUCAGGGUGGAGCCGCAACUACCAGCCAUUGUUGUGGGUUUGAUCAUCCACGGCCUGGGAGUCGCCUUCAUUCUAGUGCCUUGCUUUAUCGACGCCAUUCGCUCCGCUCUGGCAGCCGUCUCCUCGUUCCUGUGCUGCGACACGGGCCCCGUGCCGCUGCCGCCCGACUACGCCGAGAGCCACGUGCCGCUGGCGCCGACGACAGCGACGGUGGCGCUGGCGGCGGGCGCGGCCGCCAACGGCGACGCGCGGCCCGAGGACGCGUGCCUGCCGGCGCGCCGCUCGCCCUCGCCGCCGCAGCGCAGCGGCUCGCCCGUCCUCGUCCUCACGGCGCGCAAGGGCUCGCCCAACGGCGCGCUCGCCCUCAACGGCGUCUACGGCAGCGUCGGCAACUCAACGCCGCUGCGCGUGUCCGCGUGACGCGGCUCCGCGUCGACGCUUCCGAGAGGAUCACGCGUGACUGUCGAGUCACACAGUUUCCUAUUUCGAGGGGUAGGUCGAAUCACGCGUGGUUCGCCGCGCACGACGGGAUGUCACGUGGUCUCAAGAGCGACCAUGUUGAGCGCAGCCGUAUCACUAAUUUACUGUGCAGAUUCCUCUUUGAGUAAUCACUACUUUACGGUACAGAUUCCUCUUUGCGUAAUCGUCACUAGUUUGCUGUGCGGAUUCCUCUUUGCGUGAUCAAGAAAAGUGUGUGUUGUACACGUGUGUCGAACGCAGUGACGAUGUCGCGUGUUCGUGUGGACCAAAUGGUUGCCCUAGUCUGGCCACGUACGGGUAAUGAGACCUUCGCCGCGCCGCGCCGCGCCGCGCCGCGCCCCGGCCGCUUCGUCCGGCGGAGCGGCGACUCUCUGGAAUGACCUGAGCGUCGCCUUCUCAUUCGACUAUUUUAAAGUAAUUUAAACAAAAACUGAUUAUAUUCGUUUCGUGUUGUGCAUUUUAAAUGAUUUUUUUUGCGUCUCCUGCGGAUUUUUAAUAGCUCGUGUUUGCAGAAGAAGAAUGAACGUUGAUUUGUUUUCUUUACUGCGCAUUCCAUUACUGAAAAUAAUCACUUGCCAUAGGAAUUGAAGGGCUCAUUUUUAACUGGUUUUAAUGUUUUAAUUGUAUAAACAAACGUUUGACAAUUUACACAAUCUUCAUGUUUAAUAUUGUAAUUUUCACAUUUGCAAGUAACGUCUGAAAUAUUUGGUAAAACAGCCAUCCGCUCUUCGCUUAUUUUUACAUGAUCAAUAUUUCGACCUUUGGGCAGUGAAUAUUUUGAGAUAACUGCUUAAUACUUCUUCUAUUAAAUACGUAUUUAUUCUAUAUUGAACUAAAAGUGUUCUGUGAAAUUAGAAGUCACAAAUGAUGAGCGUCUCAGAUGUAAGUGAGCUUGUAUUUAGUAUCUGUUUUACAUAUUAUACUAAAGAGUGGAUGAUGAUGACGUGGCUGUGUUGACGGGCCAAGAAACGUUGUUGCAUACUACACCGUUUACAACUCUAGAAUUCUUCUAUUCAUUGGAUGCACCUUUAAAUGGCCAGUCUGCGCCAAGGGUGCGACAGUUCCUAGAACUCGGUUUGUGAUUGGCGCGUCUCAUUGAUGCGCCUGGGGUCAACGGGGUUGUUUGUGGGAGGGGUCGCGAUCAAGCUUAAGAAGCGCUGGUACAGAAUGAUUCUAUGAAGUUGCCGAAAACUAUUUGCAGGUGUUUCAGAAAAAACG